ACCAGAAUCAUACCAGAGCAGAGUCAUUAAAAACAAAAGUGUAUUAGAAAAUAUUAUUGUAGUCUGGAGAAGAGAAAAAUAAAUUAAAGAGAAUCACUUUUGAAAGUUAAAAACAAAUAGAAAUGUCGCGUCAAACAUCUCGCUUGGACGCUAAAAAAGUGAAUUCGGAACUAUUGACGCUUACAUAUGGUGCUUUAGUUUCCCAAAUGCUAAAGGAAACCGAAAACCCAGAGGACGUAAACAAACAGUUGGAGCGAAUUGGUUACAACAUGGGCGUGCGACUUAUCGAAGACUUUCUCGCUCGAACAACGUCGACUCGCUGCCUGGAAAUGAGGGAGACAGCUGAUAAAAUUCAACAGGCCUUUAGGUUAUAUUUGAAUAUGCAGCCCACUGUUACCAGCUGGAGCAGUGCGGGUGAUGAAUUCUCCCUCGUCUGGGACCAGUGCUCGCUUAGUGAAUGGGUUGAAAUGCCAAAUAAUGGACUUAAGUAUUGUGCUCUGAUACCAGGAGCUAUAAGAGGUGCCUUGCAAAUGGUGCAGCUCGAUGUGCAGUGUUGGUUUGUUCAGGAUCAGUUGAAAGGUGAUGCAGUUACUGAGCUUAGAGUGAAAUAUAUAAAAAGGUUGGAAGAUGCUGUACCCGCUGGAGAGGAUUAAUGUGCUAUUGAAUUUGUAUGGCUGAUAUACCUGUCUUACUCUAUGUAAACAACUAGUGGUUAUUUAUGUGAACAUGAAAAAGACAGCAAUGUAUUGAAUGCUACUCUUUAUAAACUGUCCACUAAAAAAGAACAGUAUUCUAUCUUUUUUAAAAUUUUGAAAAUAGAAAUGCAGUCUGGCUAUUGGGCCACCUGAUGAUAAAUUAUCAUCAUGGCCCAUUUAUAUAGGUUCUGAUAGAAAUAUUAACCAAGCCCUUAUAUUGUCAAUGAAUAAU